AUGGCAUGUGUUUCACCGGCAUACGCUGGUGCAUCUCAUUGGUUCUUAUUCGUGGCAACAACAGCAUUUAUUAUCACACUUUUGUGGGUUUUCAUUUAUCUUCUAUCGAUAAGGGAAGUACUUAAAAUUCCCAUCAACUGGAUAUUAACGGAGCUGUUAAAUACCGCCGCUGAUACAGUGCUUUAUAUGAUAGCAUUUAUCGCUCAACUCUCUCUUUGGAGUGCUGUAAUUAAUAGUCCACACAGUACCUCGAAUAUCGUUGGUGGCGUAUUUGGUAUUCUAAACACUCUAGCGUAUGCAGCAGGUACUUACUUUCUUUAUAUCGAAUGGAAAAGUAGUGGUACGCAAUGA